CAAACAAGCAACCGGUGAUCUUGCCCGACUAAAGGUUCUUCCAAAAGGGCCCGCUGUGCUCGGCAUCGAUGUUUUCUUUCUAAAAUCCCCCUUUCCAAGCACUCCGAUGCAUCAUAUGAUCUCUACAACUUAUUUAAAACAUGUCCCCUCCGCCAGCCGUGAGUCAAGCCUCUCGCCCAGUGCAGCCUGGCAAAAGGUUACGAAUUAGGUAGUCGACAUCGACAUGGACCGUCCUCCAAGAACGCCUGCGCCUUCUCGCUUCCUUAUUGGCAGGAAACAAUCUCAAGCCAAUGCAUCCUCGCAACGGUUACCAGAUCCAAACCAGGCACCACAAAAUGCAGCAAGCAGAGCACCAAAGUUCCAUGCAACUCCACGUUUUCAUGCCGGAGCUUCAUCGACGCCAAGACCGUCGUACCGGACCUCUGCGGGCUUAUCCUCUACGCCAUCCGCCAUAGCAAGCUCCAUCAGAAGCCGUACCAAUGUCCCAGAGAGACGAAGUCGAUCUACGCUGGAGUUCAUCGAUGACGAUCUGUUGCCUGUAGAUGGAGAAAGCUCACCCUUUGCUCGCUAUCCCGGCUCGGUGACACGGCCAGGGCAGGCGCCAGAAUAUCCAGAGCCGAUCGAGUUUGACUCCUCAUUCGUUUCGCAGUCGCCGAUCAAGGUCAAGGAAGAAGGUGCGGAUGAGUUGGACCGGGAACGGUCACACAAGCGACGUCGUCUUUCACCGGUUAUUGACCUCGAUGUUGAAGAGGUGGAGGCUAGUAGUCCACCACUUCCCUACGAGGGUGAGUGCGAAGGUCAUGAAGUGGAGGAACUCAUUGAUGAUGCAGAGUCCGCGGUCGAUGAGGGUUCUUCACCACCAAGGGCACUGGAACAUGACAAGGAUGUAAUCAUCUCCAGCCCGCUUGCUUCCAGUGACAGAGACUUCGAAAAGGUAGACGAGAGUGUUGCCGGCAGUCACUCAAGUGAACCUCUCUCCUCACUACCACCUCGAGGCAUUCGUUCACAUGAGUACCGCAGUGAGUCCGAGGAGGGUCUAGAGGGCGAAGACGAGGAUGAUGAUGCGGACGAGAAUCAGCGGAUGAACCCAGACUUAGGAGGAUUCCACGGGAGCGAUGAGGACCACACUCCCAUAGCAAAUCCACAAAAUGCCUCUGACGUGGAACCAAAUACAGACGCAGAAGAUCACGACCAUGAACACACAAGGCGAAACUCGUGGUCAACAUCCAUGAAGCCCAAGGGCCAAAAUCCCUUCCUCAGGGCACCUCGCUUCAAGCCCAAAUCACCCGGUCCCCCAGACCCUCCGCCAGACGUCUCUGUUCACCAUACCCUUCUUCCUGACAUCUUCUCGCCCCAGCGUCAUCGAGGCGCUCGCUAUGUGCCCGGUGGGCUAGCAUCUGAACUACGAGAAUGGUUACUGGAGGUCAAGGGAGGCUCCAGUACUGAACCGACUCCCGUGGCCGCUACUGCCCACCUUGCCGUCGAAACCGUAAAGAAGUGCGGACCUGGGAUUAGUAUGACACUUGUUACCGGUCGACCAAUGAUUGGUGGACCUGAUGGAACCAAAGUGCCCAGGAGUUAUAGGGCUUUGCUAGCUGGUGAUGGGAGAAUGGAGGGGCUUGGUGGAAGUGGUGCUGGUGUUGAGAGCAAGCCGGAAAGAGAGGAGGAAGGUGCGGAUGAACCGGACAGGAAGCCGUUGGUGCCCGGCGCCAUGGUAGCGAUUGCACCACCAGCAUGGGACAUUGACUUGGGUGAGGAAGAAGAGGAUGACCAAGGUGAUAAGGGCAAGUGGGCGGUUGCGUAUCGGUGGGAUGUACUUUGAAAGAGAUGCCCGAGACGCCGUCAUCUGCUCCGCCACACUGAACGGCCCGAUAUCAUUCGAGAUGUCGGUGACAGGUUAUAUGGUUCGGGUUUAUUGUUGCCGACUGUCACUAUGGCGCUUGGCGUAGUUGGAAGGAAGUCGGGUUUCUAGUAUCCUCUUAAAAGAGCACAUAUCAACACAAGUGUCAGGUGCUACGUGGUAGACCCUUCAGCGGAUCCAAACGCUUGGCAUCAUGGUAUCUUGAACACUCAACGAAACUUUUAUGAACACAAGGGCAGUCGUUCUAACUUUCAUCGAUACCUACUCAUAUACAAUCGAAGGUUGUAGAACUAAACAAGUCCUUGACAGAAAUCUCAUGUCCCAGUCUGAUCUGAGGCAGAACCGGGUAGAUAUCAGG